GUAAAGAGUUCCUGCAUAAACUUCAUUCCAUUUCACAGAAGGAGAACAUAUGCUGGAGACCCGGCAGAGUCAGAGCAGGGAGAGUAUAGACAAAGAAGAUUUUGGACUGGACUUCUUUUUUCUGCUGUUGGAUUAUUUAUCUCAAGCUAGGCUCCUUGUAUAUAUGGAACUUUAAGUUAAGGUGUUUGAGUGUGAAAGUUAAAGUUUGAGGAGUAUAUGGGAUUACAAACAUGGAUACAUCUUAUGUUGUAAGCUCUCCUCUCCUGGCCUUUGCACUCUCUCUUCAUCUGCACCUCAACCUUCUUGUGUGGGCUGCAAUGGACUCCUGCUAUGAUGAAGAGGGCGUCCCAAGCCGUUGUAUGCCCAAGUUUGAAAAUGUUGCCUUUGAUCGUACUGUGGUGGUAUCAAACGUGUGCGGUUCCCCACCUGAGGAUUACUGCAUGCAGACAGGCUCAACACGCUCAUGUCACUACUGUGAUGCAUCAGACCCAAACCUGAGCCACAACGCCAGCCUCCUGACAGACUUUCACAGGAAUGAGGAGCCCACGUGGUGGCAGAGUCAAUCCAUGUUCUAUGGUAUCCAGUACCCCAAUUCUAUCAACCUUACUCUCCACCUCGGGAAAGCCUUUGAGAUAACCUAUGUACGACUGAAGUUCUACACCAGUCGGCCGGAGAGCUUCGCCAUUUACAAGCGUACAGAAGAGGAUGGGCCCUGGUUACCUUACCAAUAUUACAGCGCCUCAUGUAGGAAGACAUAUGGGAAGGAUGCUAAAGGUUAUAUUCGACCAGGAGAUGAUGAAAGGACAGCUUUAUGUACAGAUGAGUUCAGUGACAUCUCUCCCCUCACUGGAGGAAAUGUGGCUUUUUCCACCCUGGAAGGUCGACCCGGUGCAUAUAACUUUGACCAGAGCCUGGUGUUACAGGAAUGGGUGACAGCCACAGACCUACUCAUCACUUUGAACAGGCUGAACACCUUUGGGGACGAAUUUUUUAAGGAUGCGAAAGUCUUGCGGUCAUACUUCUACGCCAUCUCUGAUUUCUCUGUGGGUGGCAGAUGUAAGUGUAACGGUCAUGCCAGCGAGUGCGUUGAAGGGGAACAGGGUGGCCUGGUUUGUGCUUGCCAACAUCACACAGUGGGAGCCGACUGCCAGAGAUGUCACCCCUUUUACCAGGACAGACCCUGGGCCAGGGCCACUGGGGACUCCGCCAACGAGUGUUUGAGGUGUAACUGCAGUGGGAGAUCAGGAGAGUGCGUGUUUGACACGGAGCAGUACAGGAGCACUGGCAGUGGGGGGCGCUGCGUGAGCUGCAGAGACAACACCGACGGGCCCCAUUGUGAGCGCUGCAGAGAUAACCACUACAGGAAAGCUCCAGAAGAGUCCUGCCUACCCUGCAACUGUAAUAUCAAUGGCUCAGUGAGUCUGCAGUGUGAUGUAGAAGGACGGUGUGUGUGCCGAGUCGGUGUGAUGGGGGAGAAGUGUGACACGUGUCAGGCUGGCUUCCACUCACUUGGCCCUGCUGGCUGCAGGCCAUGUGACUGCAACCCCAGCGGGAGUGCAAAUGACUGCUCUCCCCUGGAUGGACGUUGUUACUGCAAGCCAAAUGUGGAGGGGCAAAGCUGUGGCAGAUGCAAGCCAGGAUUCUUCAAUUUGCAAGGAAUAAACCCAACAGGCUGUCAGCCGUGCUUCUGUUUUGGCCAUUCAGUGGCCUGCUCCUCAUCCAAUCACUACACUGCUGUCAACAUCACUUCACACUUCACUGAAGAUCAGGAUGGUUGGCUGGGAGAGUUCUCUGGAGGCCAGUUAUACCCUCUGCUGUGGAAGGAAGGUGAAGUCUACCUGCUGCCGCUCACCGAGGAAGACACUGGCUUUUACAAAGCCCCCGAGAAAUUCCUGGGUUACCAAGUCCACAGUUAUGGGCAGCUUCUCUACAUCACCUUCACCUCUGAGACCCCCGAGCUGCUCCCUGAUCAUGUCACCCUGCUACUCCAAGGCUCUGGACUCACGCUGUUAGCUGACCUUUCCUCCCAGCCUCUGUUGGACCACAACCCUGCCUUAACCCCCCGGCACUCCUUCAUUGUCAGACUUCAUGAACAUGAAAGGAGAUUCAAACCUUCUCUGUCUGCCUAUGAAUUCCAACGUCUCCUUUAUAACUUGACAGCUCUGAAAAUCAGCAAUGCUGGAGGGCACAACUACACAUCACAGCUUGCAGCAGUUACCCUCACCUCAGCUUCCAUCUCUUCCAGUCCAGCUAGUCCUCCUGCUUUAUGGGUGGAAUCUUGCUCCUGUCCUUUGGGCUUCGAAGGACAGUUUUGUGAGCGGUGUGCCCCAGGAUUUACUCGGGAAAACCCUCUCAGAGGUCUUCUUUCAACUUGCGUGCCAUGCAACUGCCACCAGCAUGGACCAUGUCAUCCAGAGACAGGUGUGUGCGAGUGCUCAGACUUCACCACAGGGAUGACCUGUGAGCAUUGCCUUGAUGGUUACUAUGGCAAUGCUUUGAUUGGCAUGCCUGGAGAUUGUCAGCCUUGCCCUUGCCCGGACCAGAGCAGCUGUGCCAAAAUUGCAGAAACAGGACAGGUGGUUUGUACCAACUGCCCUGCAGGACAAACAGGGAUGCGGUGUCAGAAGUGUGAGGAUGGUUACUAUGGCGACCCCCUGGGACAGUUCGGGACAGCUCAGCCAUGUGUGAGAUGCAACUGUAAUGGCAAUGUGGAUUUCAACGCAGUGGGAAUAUGUGAUCACAUCACUGGGAGAUGUCUGAAGUGCCUGGGGCACACAGAGGGUGACUACUGCCAACACUGCUCGCGGGGUUUCUACGGCAACGCCCUGAAUCAGACAGCUUACCCAAAAUGCAAGCCAUGCAACUGCAGUCCUGCUGGAACCUCCGGGCACGUAAAUGAAUGCUCCCCUCAGACAGGAAAUUGUAAUUGUCUCAGUCAUGUGACGGGACGGGAUUGCAGUUACUGUGAAGUUGGCUUUUUCAACCUCCAAGCAGGAAUUGGAUGUGAAAGGUGCAAAUGUAAUCCAAUUGGCUCAUCUUCAAUGGCAUGCCAUCCAGCCACAGGAGAGUGUGUGUGCCGUGCAGGUGUGGAUGGGAGACUGUGUGGUACUUGUCGUGUGGGCUUCUUUGGAUUCUCCUCACGAGGUUGCAGAGCAUGUAACUGUGACCCAAUGGGCUCCGUGUCCAUGCAGUGUCACAGUAACGGUACCUGCCAAUGCCGCCAAGGCUUUGUGGGUUACAAGUGCGACAAGUGUGAGCUGAAUUAUUUCCACAACAGAGCCACUCACCAGUGUGAGGAAUGCCCAGUUUGCUAUGGCCUUGUAAAGACACAGGCAGAAAAGCUUCGGACUCGCCUACAAGAUUUGGAGAAGCUCCUGGCUCACUUUGAUUGCCGAGGUAGAUCUGGACAGCAGAACCACCUGCUGAAGUAUCACAUGGCCUGGCUUUAUGAGCAUGAGCACCAGAGGGAGGAUACUCUUCCCAAUGCUCUGGAGGAUUUUCUGGCUUUCCAAGAGGCACGCAAGGCCUUCAUAAAACAAUUUUCCUUGCUGGGAGAUUCCACCGGCAAACUUUUAGCCCAGCUGCAUGGCAUUACGUUCACUUUGAACUGCAGCAUCAGCACGACAAAGGAAGAAGGGAAGGACAGGAGGAAGGAUGAAAGAAGUAGAGGUGUGUGUCAAACUUUUACAGACACACUCCUCGUGAUCAGAGCAUCUGAUGAACAGCUAAAGCAGGCAACACUGGACCUGGACAACAUGAUGAUUCCUUUUGUGGCACUGUCAGCACCCAACAAAUGGAACAUUAUGGUCAAUGAGUCACAGGUCCUGAUGAAAAGUCAGAGAGAAAUGGCAGAGCACAUUGAGGCUGUGGCCAGCAGGGCGGUACAGGCAUCAAAGAAGGCUUUCAGCUUCCUGAUGGAUCUGCUUCAGGACAACUCCACAGAGGAGUACAUCAGGAAUCUAACUGAGCGGAUAACAGAAAUGCAGGAGCAGAAGAAGAAUCUAACAGUGCAGCUGAAUGAUACUGUUGCUCAACAACUGGCUUUGGAGGAAGAAAAUGCUGGUUUAAAGCUUGCCCUGAGUAACAUCACAUCAUCCUUACAUCAACUGACUCUGACAGAUGUCAGAACAUCAUCAGGGGCUGACCAAACACUGCAGAACAAUCAUACAAUGGAGUGGAGUGAGAACCUUCUGAAACAGACAGAGGAGCUGGACCAGCAAAUCCACACCAAAGAAAAUCUCAUCAGUAAGAUCAGUGAGGAAAUGGAGCCUGUGAUACAUACAGUCAAUGAAAACUUGGAGAAAGUGGAUAACAUCAGUAAGCUGCAAGCUCAAGUUCAGGAGGCAAAGGUUGGGGCUUUGUCAUCUGUGGUGAUGGGGAAAGAGGUGGAAUCAGAAGCCAUUGCCCUGCACAGACAACUUAAAAACAUGGUGGCAGAGAGGCCCCAUCAGCAAGUCCAGACUAUGGUUGCAAUGAAGAAGGAGAGACCCCUACAGGAAAAGGUCCUGCCUGAAAUCAGGAAGAGGGUCUCACAGAUUGAAAGGCUACUACAGCCAGCUGUGGAAAACUCCAGCCUAUCAAGCAACACCACAAAGGAAGCAGAGCAAGUUGCACAUGAUGUUGCAAAGGAAUCCAAAGCCUUUCUGACCCAGGCCAAAUAUACCAUGACUGCAUCUGCUCAUCUCAACACCAAUAUAGACUCUGCUUUACAGCAGCUGUCUGAGCAGGAGUUGCUAACUGAGGAAGCACAUGCCCAGAUCACCUCAGAGCCUGAAGUAUCCCUGACCAGCAUAAAGGAAGUCAUGGAAGCAGCUAAGCUCCAACUAGAGGCCUAUUCUCUUACACUAACUGAACUAAUCAGCAAGAUUGAUGGGAGCGUGCCACUGGAGCGAUUUGAUCGAAUCCUAAACGAGACAGCACGCCGUCUGAGCAUGCUGCGAGGGAGUGUGGAAAGCCCAACACUGGGCUCAAAGAUCCAGAAGCUGCGUUUGGCUGCUAAAGACCAGCAGAGCCGUCUAUCCCUCAUUGAGCAGGACAUACAGGAGAUCAGGGAGGAGAGAGACAGUCUCAGGGACAUUGCCUCAAACCUGCCUCAGUCCUGCCCACAGGCCACAGGAGCAGGGAACGCCUAGAAACUGGAGAUGAUGAAGAUUACCCCUCUGAUAAAACAACCCAACAUCAGAAAAGUCCAGGAGGAUUUUUUUUUAAUAAAGCAGUGGUCAUUAUUUCGUUCAACUUCAGAAAGUUAGAGGUAUCUUUUAUAUAUUCCCUCUAACUACCUUAUGCCCUCAGCUACAAUUCUUUUUACCACCAUGACACACACACAAUUUAGCCAAAAACCUCAGAGCUCUCUUCUGUCUCCUGUGAUUUAUACCUGAUCCUCCUCUUCCACCUCAGUGUUUUUCUUUUGUUCCACUCUCUUUCUUUUUAACUAACAUCCAGACUUCUGCUUCACCACUGCUUUUUUUUACUGCUAGAGCAAACUGUCAAGUUUAGAAUAAUGCUGAUUUUUCUUGGUGAGGUUAAACGGUGUGUUUGAGUGCUCCUUCAGACUGAUACCUUCAUUUACACUUGAGCUCUUUUUCCAUCAGUACAGCUUAAUUAACAAUUAGUCAUUUUGGCCUCAGUGGGGUUCAGGUCAGGCUUCAACAGCACACAACCUGUUUUGGGGAUUAUUACUGUACCUACCUCCUCUGUUUUUUUUGUUUGAUUUUUUUUUUUUUGUUUUGUUUUGUUUUGUUUUUUUGUUGUUGUUGUUUUUUGUUUUUUGUUGUUUUUUUUGUGGUCUGUCUGUUUUGCAGUCUCGCUGUGCCACUGCACCUGUUGUCUGCGGGUCAUGGAUGGUCGCACAGCCUAUCUCCUAGAGAUCCAAUUGAUGGAGAGAUUGUCUUUGAAUAUAUAUCACUUUAUAAGUCUUCUCAGUGAUAGUCAUCAAAAGAGUCAUUUUGUACUGUAUUAAAAAAUGCUGAAUCUGAUCAAGAAUCAAAGAAGUCCCUGUCACAUAUCUACACCUACUUAUAGUUAUUCAUGAUAUGUUUUGAGUAUCUUAGGCCUUUGCACAGAAAACAUUACUCCAUAAGAUACACUUGAAAUGAUAAUCCUGCUCAGUAUAUCACAAUAUUAGUGGACAACAAUGUAAUGGUGUACAACAAUGCACAAUGGAAAUGGAAGAGGUGCUUAUAAAAAAGAAAUGUAUAAAACUGUAAAUGGAUCAAGGAGAAAAAUAAAAUCUGUCUGGAAAAUGUA